AUGACAGACGCCAGCUACCAGCUGCUCCCGAGCCGGGAGAGCGAAGAGACCUGCCUUUCCGAGCUCGAAUCCAAGCCUGGCUUUGAUAAAAACGCACUCCCGCUUCCAGUAAGCAGCGACUCCUCGGACAGUCCGGAAAGACCGAAACGAAGCAGCCCAUGCUUGAUCUUCAAAGCGCUUCUCUGCAUCGUCCUUCUCUCCACCACCCUUUUCGCUGCAUGCUGUGCCUACCGAAGUGGCAUCGAUGCAGCCAUCCGAACAAAUCGACCAUGGAGAACGCAUCGUCCCACCGUCACUUCCAUCUCUUCCGCUUCUUCUGAUACGAACAUCGUCUUUGGUCUCGGCUUAGGCGAUGUCACCGGCCCUAUCGUAGAGGUCAAUAUGAUGGGCUACGCUUCGCUUCCUCAAACCAACACUGGACUGCACAUUCGUCUUCGUUCCCGUGCCUUCAUCGUUGGAAGUCAAGAUGCUGGAUCAGCCUCUUUCCGACCUCGUCUCUCAUCUCGGUUCACAGCAUUGCUUCCAACUGCGGACGGUGAUGCGAAAAGGUGGUUGUUCAUCAACUCGGAUAUCUGUAUGGGUGAUUCUGCGCUUCGCAGAGCCGUGGUUGAGAGGUUGAGGGAGCAGUACCCCGGUAUUUACGGCGAGCGAAAUGUUGCGUUUGUGGGCACGCACUCGCAUGCAGGACCAGGUGGGUUUAUGCAAGCUCUUCUCCCCACGCUCACGUCCAAAGGUGUCAUUUUGCAGAACUUUGAUGCAAUUGUGGAUGGCACCGUAAAAGCUGCUGUUCGUGCGCAUGAAGAUUACUCAUCCCGACAGCAGAGGCUAGCUGAGGGUAAGGGGAGUACACGUCUCAGCUAUGGCAAGACGAGGUUGGAGGAUGCACACAUUCAGCGUAGUAGGUACGCGUACGAACAGAAUCCACAGGAGGAGAGGGAUUUGUACAAUGAUGAAGAUCAAGAUCACGAAUUCGGACUGCUCAAGUUCGAGGAUAUUGUCGCGGAGGGAGAUGCGGAAGCGAGAGCAGCAGGUUUCCUCUCGUGGUAUGCGGUGCACGGAACCUCGUUGUACGAGAACAACACUCUCACUUCGGGUGACAACAAGGGUUUGGCUGCGUUGUUGUACGAAUCUGCGCAAGAACCGGAAAAGCUUCCGGGUCAGAAUGCGUUUGUUGCUGGUUUCUCACAGGCCUUGGUCGGUGAUACUUCUCCAAAUACGAAGGGCGCUUGGUGUGAUGAUGGAUCGGUUUGCGAGUACAAGCAUUCGACUUGCGACAACGGUAAAGGGAAGGAGAGGGUGCAAACCUGUCAUGGUCGAGGUCCGGCGUGGGGGAAUGACGAGUACAUCCCUACCAGCCCAACUGGUGGAUAUGAUUGGGCGAGUAACGAGAUUAUUGCGAGGAAACAGGUCGAUGCUGCACGAUCGAUCAUGGAGCGCUCUACCUCUUCGCCUUCCUCUGAUGGGGAGUACGACAAGAUGACCGCACUCAUUGGACCGAUCAAGAGCGUCAAGAUGAACGUCGAUAUGAGCGCCUACACCGUCUAUCGUCCUGACGGGUCACGUGUCAAGACUUGCCCUGCUGCUCUGGGAUAUGGAUUUGCAGGAGGCACAACCGACGGUCCUGGAGCAUUCGACUUCGUUCAGGGAAGUAACAGGACUGAUCAUCACAAUCCAUUCUGGGACGUCGUGAAGGCCUUCGUUAAGAACCCGGGCAAGGAGCAGAUCGAGUGUCAGGCUCCCAAAGCGAUCUUGCUUGACAUUGGAGAGAUUCACAAACCUUACAAUUGGGGACCGUCCAUUGUGGAAGUGCAGAUCUUGCGCGUUGGGCAGCUGUUCAUCCUCAUUGUUCCCGGAGAGUUCACAACGAUGGCUGGUAGGAGGUUGAAACGAACUGUUGCUGCUUCCAUCAAGAAAGCUGGAGUCUUGAGCGAGGAAGAGGGCGAGCCUAUCGUACAAGUUAGUGGACCAGCAUCGACCUAUGGCCACUACGUCACAACGGAAGAAGAAUACAGCGUACAGCGUUACGAAGGCGCCUCGACCUUGUUCGGUCCACACACUCUCGCAGCCUACAUCGAUGUCUUCUCCCGACGUCUCGUCCCAGCGCUCAAAGAAGGAGCACGAGACCUGCCCCUCGGUCCACAACGAGACUUUGACAUCCGUAAAGCAUGGAAGCUCAAAACUGGUGUCGUAUACGACAAUCCUCCCAUCGGCCACGCUUUUGGUGAUGUCCUCGAACAACCCCUCCUCUCGUACCCCAUCCCAAACACUUUGAACUCUUCCAAAUCACACUUUGAUGGCUCACCCACCACUCCAGGUGCCUCAAACAUUACCGUCACUUUCGUAGGUGCAAACCCGCGCAACAACCUCAGGUUGGAAGAUACAUACUUUGAGGUCCAACGAUACACGGAUUUGGGCUUGUGGGAAGUCGAGAGAACGGAUGGUCAUCAUUCGACAACGAUGCGCUGGACAAGGACGAACGAGUUGCAUGGCUCGAGUAAGGUUGAAGUCGGGUGGAAUGUUGAGCCGUGGACAAGGAGUGGGUUGUAUAGGAUUGUUUAUUACGGGGAUAGGAAGACGCCUUUUACGGGUAAGAUUCAGCCUUUUGCUGGUGUGUCUUCCGAGUUUUACGUCGUCUAG